AUGGGGCUCACCGGCGCGGGCAUCAUCGCCUCCGUCGUGGGCAUCCUGGGCGGCGUGUCGCUGUCCUGCGGCGGCUGGUCCUCGCUGUCCCUCGGCGCUCGCUCGCUCUUCGUCACCACGCAGUUCCUCUCGGCCUUCGCCAUGGGGUUUGUGGUAGCUUUUUCCGCCAUCGUCUCCCUCUCGGACACGAAUGAGUGGGUUGCCGUGGCCGCCGGUGGCGGCGCAGGCUUCGUGAUCGCGCUCAUCGUGGGUUUCAUGACGAUUUUCGGCCCGUACAUCCUGAUCCUGGUCACAGGCGGCAUUAUCGCCUGCUAUUUGCUGCUAGUGGACGCGUACGAUGGCGUCAACGUGUUCCCCGAGGACAACCAGCUGGCUCGCCAGGAGUUCGUGAUCGCUUUCAUGAUCAUCUUCGAGCUCGUGUGCUGCUCGUCGUCCAAGACGUCGGAGCUGGAGAACCACCGCUUCAAGUACAUCAUCUUCUCGGCCAUCACUGGUGGCUGGAUGGCUGCAGACGGCGUCUCUCGUCUCAUCGACUCAAGUGCCGUGCUCUCCACUGUGGCCUACACGUCGAUGCAGGACGGUGGCAAGGCUGCACUGGACGGCAUCGACUCUAGCGCCCAGACGGUCAUGUUCUUGGUCUGGGGCGCUGUCUUCGUGGUCGGCGGACUCAACCAGCUGUCGAUGCGUUGGGGUCUCAUGUGCUACAACCGCGUGGGCGCUCACGCUCAGCUUGGCCCCGUGGAGGAGCAGAUGCCUGAGCUCCCCACUGGCGCCACGCUACCGGCUCAGACUAUGACGGAACGUGUCCGUCUGGUGUGUGAGAACUGCUUUGCCACUGUCCCCGCUGGCACUGCCUUCUGUACUGAAUGUGGUGAGGCUAUGCCCUCGGAAGACGCCAACCCGGACGUGAGCAUCUCUCAGGCUCAAAUGCCGUCAGUCACGAUGAACAACAAGAGCCAAGUGCCCGACCGCUGGCAGCAAGUGCCUCACCGUACGUACCUCAGCACCACGUCGUUUGUGGACCCGAAACACGCCAAGGAGGGCGGAGUGAGCAUGAAGGACAACAGUCGCAGCAUCCGCUUCAUGGACUCUGGCGUCCAGGGGCCGGACGGCAAGAUGAGCCAGUACAACGACUCGAUCGCUGGCGUUCGCAACUAUUACGAGCCGUCGUUCCGCUCAUUUGCCAUGUCCACGUACUCGAUCGCUAACCGUGCGGCUGAACCGGUGGAGACGCCCAACAUCCGUAAGUACAAGAUGUCGGGCAGCGGCAUGUUCCACGUCUUCUACUUCGGUACUGCUGCUACCGGUAUCUUCUGGCUGUACUACUUGACUACGAUGUACCCGCAACAGUAUUUCUGCGACCACGCCCGUCCCACGCUUCCUUGCAGUGAACUCCCGUCCAGUGAGACCUCGGGCUGCUACAGUUCGACUGUCAACUUUGACGCUGACUCGGGUGAAGGCUACUGCAUCCAGGACGUGCCGUUCAUGUCGUGGCUCAUGUACGCGAUGAUGAUCUUCAGCGAGUUCCUCAACUACUUCCUGGGUCUGCUUUUCAACUUCAGUAUGUGGCGUCCGAUCCGUCGUGGUGCUCGCUACAUGAACGACUUCAAGCCGCCUAUCCCGAAGGAGCAAUGGCCCACAGUCGACAUCUUCUUGUGUCACUACAUGGAACCGGUGACGGACUCGAUGCAGACGCUCAAGAACUGUCUGGCCAUGCAGUAUCCCCCUGAGUUACUGCAUAUCUUUAUUCUGGAUGAUGGUUACACCAAGUCGGUGUGGGACGCCAACAACCACUUCAAGGUGACGGUUAACACUAAGGUUAUUGAGAUCGCUGGUGAUCUGCGCGGAGAUCUCGCUCGUCUCAUGCACGAGCGUGUGGUUGGCCCCGUCCAGGACGACCAGAGCUUGAAGGCGUGGCGUCGUCAACACAGUUCGGUCCGUGAGCUCCGUAAGGAAGGCGGCAAGGGAGUUCAGCGUCGUGACUGUGCUGUGGGCUCGCUGUCUGACGACUACGACUACCGUGACCGUGGUAUCCCUCGCGUGACGUUCAUUGGACGUAUGAAGCCUGAGACGCAUCACUCGAAGGCUGGUAACAUCAACAACGCGCUGUUCAACGAAGGCGCAGACGGCAAGUACCUGUUGAUUCUGGAUAACGAUAUGAAGCCGCAUCCCAAGUUCCUGCUGGCUGUGCUGCCGUUCUUCUUCUCGGAGGGCGAGGCUGUUGACGGCGGAGGUCGUCAAUACAGUGACGAUAUCUCGUGGAACCAGGUGUCGUAUGUGCAGACCCCGCAGUACUUCGAAGACACCCCGCAAUUGACAAUCAUGGGAGACCCCUGUGGACACAAGAACACCAUUUUCUUCGACGCUGUGCAGUGUGGACGUGAUGGUUUCGACUCGGCCGCUUUCGCCGGUACGAACGCUGUUUUCCGUCGUCAAGCGUUCGACUCUAUUGGUGGAAUUCAGUACGGUACACAGACAGAAGAUGCGUUCACGGGUAACGUGCUGCACACGUCUGGAUGGGACUCGGUGUACUUCCGUAAGGACUUUGAAGGUGAUGCCAAGGACCGUAUCCGUCUGUGUGAAGGUGCCGUGCCCGAGACAGUCGCUGCUGCUAUGGGUCAGAAGAAACGUUGGGCCAAGGGUGCCGUCCAGAUUCUGUUGAUGAAGAAUGAAAGCGAAGUCGACCCGGACUGGCGUCCGCCGCGUGUGCCUGCCCCCGACCCGAAGCCGUCGCUCGCGUUCCCGCGUAAGAUGUUCUUCUAUGACUCGGUGCUGUACCCGUUCGGUUCGAUCCCUGCCUUGUGUUACGUGUCGAUCGCCGUCUACUACCUGUGCACGGGUGACGCUCCCAUUUACGCUCGUGGUACCAAGUUCCUGUACUCUUUCUUGCCCGUGACGUUCUGCCGUUGGGUGCUCAACCUGCUCGCUAACCGCGCUGUCGACAACAACGACGUGUGGCGUGCACAGCAGACGUGGUUCUCAUUCUCGUUCAUCACAAUGAUGGCUAUUGUGGAGGCUAUUCAGGCGCGUGUGACGGGCAAGGACAAGUCGUGGGCUAACACUGGUGCCGGUCAGAAGACGUCAUGGACGGAAAUCCCCAACGUGCUGUUCUUCUUCACGCUGCUGUUCAGUCAAGUGGUGGCGCUGGUGCGAUUCUUCGAGUAUGAGAACGCCACGAACCCGUGGAACUACGUGUCUGCCAUGUUCUUUGGCUUCUUCGUCAUGAGCCAGUUCUACCCCAUGGUGAAGAUGAGUAUCACGGAAUACUGUGGUUGGGACCACACGGCUGCCACCUUCACGGCCAACGUGUUCGGCUCGUUGCUGGUGGUGUACGUGGUGGUGUUCGUGCAGCUGUGGCAAGUGUACUACGAGGGCAACUUGCAGGUGGCCCAGGGCACAGACUCUGGUGGUUCGACGGCGUCGACGUAG